AUGACUGUCGAUGCAAUUGAAAACGGGUGGUUCGAGCCAGUGCCGUUGCAAAAAUACCAAGAUUUGGUGAUUAAAUCUAUCCCUGAAAAUCUUUCUGGCUGUCCUCCAGAUAAAACAGUGGGUAACCCUGCAGUGCAAGUGGCUUGCGGCCCUAAUCUAAGAUUCUUGGGUUGCCUUGAAAACGGCAAAACCAAUUACAGGGGAUCUAUUCUGCUUGUUCUGCGCGAUACCCCGGAGACUGAGAGGGUGGAGCCAUUUAUGGAGUAUUUUAUUGGGCCUGCUACCACUUCUACUGGCUCUCUUCAGUUGAGCAAAGGUGUGUUCUCGGGGACCUUGUUUCACCAGGAACAGGGCCUUAGCUUCUGGAGAUUUAGCAUGGAAUUGCAACUCCAAGAAUAUGAGCAGAAGGUGAGGUAUUCUGUCAACGACGAGUACAACGAGAACUUUCAGUUUUAUCUGCCUUCUGUCGAGCAAUCCAUGAAUGUCAUGUCAUACUCAUGCAACGGCUUUUCGCUGAGUGUCAAGACUGCAGACUUCAAAAGCUCGCUGUGGUACGAUGUUAUGCGCAAACACAGUGAGUUGCCAUACCAUGUCAUGGUUGGCGGGGGUGACCAGAUCUAUUGCGACUCCGUGAAGAAGUCCUCCAAGCCUUUUGAAAAAUGGCUGAAACAUAAGAAGUUGCACUCUAACGACAAGCUCACUGACGAAAUUGUCAAAUCUCUCAAAGAAUACUAUUUGACCAAUUACAUACAGUGGUUUGGUAAAGGGUACUGGGAAGGAACAGCAGGUGCCACUUUGCAGUGCAUCUACCCUUUGGCAUUGCAACAGAUUCCUCAAAUCAACAUUUUUGACGACCAUGACAUCAUCGAUGGUUUUGGCUCGUACAGUCACCGUACCAUGACUCAGGAUAUUUUUGAGGGUGUUGGUAACAUUGCAUUCCAAUAUUAUUUAUUAUUCCAGCAUCACACCUCUCCUACAGAAGACUACAAAUCUGAGCCUUCCUGGAUUGUGGGGGCUUCUAUUGGUCCUUACAUCAAACAGCAGUCCAGAUCCGUCUAUACAAGACUAGGAAAAGAGGUUGCACUAGUUGGCUUGGAUUGUAGAACGGAAAGAACGAAAAAGCAAGUUGUUACAAAAGAGACCUAUGCGCGUGUCUUCGAAAGACUGAAACAAGAAAUCACCGCAUCUAACGGCGACAUCAAACACCUUCUUGUGCUGCUUGGGGUCCCGAUUUGCUACCCUCGAAUGGUGUGGAUCGAAUCCAUUUUGGGAUCUGCCGCUCUGGGUCCCAUCAAGUGGUUGGCCAGAAAAGGGAUCAUUGCGAAGGGUCUGGUCAACGAGUUUGAUGGUGGUGUGGAAUUACUGGACGAUUUGAACGAUCAUUGGUGUGCUGUUCACCACAAGAAAGAACGUAAUUGGUUGAUGGGAGAAUUGACGAAGUUUGCCGGAACACAUGGUGUCAGAAUAACAAUUCUUUCCGGUGACGUCCAUCUUGGCUGUCUUUCAAGAAUGAUGACAAAAAUGCACAAACAUCACAUGUUCAGCAGUAGGAUAGACGAAAACCGCAAGGAAAGUUUGGCGCACCCAGAACACGAUCCAAGACUCAUUUUCAAUGUCAUUUCCUCUGCUAUUGUUAACACCCCACCACCUAACGGCAUGGCAACCCUGCUGGAGAAGAGGUCGAAAAUCCAUCACUUUGACACGAAUUGUGACGAAGAUGUCGUGGAUUUGUUUGUUAGGGACACCGAUGGCUCUGCUAGAACAAACCACCUAUUCCUGAAUAAACGGAACUAUGCUGACCUCAUUCCGUUCAAGAAUCUCAAAGAUACAGAGCGUUAUAACAAGUUUCGCCCAGGAGAUUUGAUCCAUCCAGGCCCAUCUGAAGCAUUAGAGAAAGCAGAGGAUAUUGGCGACGGAAGCUACUCCACCAAGAAGAUUGGCUACCCUCUGGAUCCAAGUUCUCUCGUCACCACGUUCCAUUUUGAGGUGGACAUGAAGGACACAAACUCUCGAACUUAUGACUACGAAGUUUUAAUUCCUCAUCUAGAAGGAACUUACGAUUUGAAAGACAUCGGUCUCAAAUAG